AUGGCUGGCAACAAGGUCGAGAUGAACAGUUUCGACGGCGCAGGGGGCCAUCAGGCCAACAACAGCAGACCCACAGGCGCCUCCGGUGUACCGACGGAAGUGAAGUUAACGAAUGAUAAUUUGCCCGAUCGUGGGCAAUGGACCGGCAAGUUGGACUUUAUCAUGUCCUGCAUUGGCUACGCUAUUGGAUUGGGCAAUGUGUGGCGAUUUCCCUAUUUAUGCUACAAAAACGGAGGAGGCGCCUUCCUAGUCCCGUACUUGUUCUGCCUCAUUCUCGCUGGCAUACCCGCGUUCUUCUUGGAAGCAUCGCUGGGUCAGUAUUUAGGCAUCGGUGGGCUCGGCGUGUGGCGAAUUUGCCCAGUCUUCAAAGGUGUCGGUUAUGCGGCCGCUGUCAUGGCCUUCUGGCUCAACGUUUACUACAUCGUAGUGCUUGCUUGGGCGAUGUACUACUUUUACAAUUCAAUUGCCGCUGAUGUGCCCUGGAGAGGCUGCAACAACUGGUGGAACACUGGUCGCUGCCGGUCAGAGUACGACCUGGCCGAUGAGGAGCGUCGCUGCUACAUUGACCGUGGAUCGCAUGACCACACCUGCAAAGUGAACUCGUCACUGUACACCAGUCCGGUGAAGGAGUACUGGGAGAACAACGUACUGCAGAUCACAUCUGACAUAAGCGACUUUGGCGAGGUUCGCUGGCCACUUGCCUUAACUCUCCUCAUCAGCUGGAUCCUGUGCUACUUUGCCAUCUUCAAAGGCGUCAAGUGGACUGGAAAGAUCGUCUACUUCACCGCCAUCUUUCCCUAUGUGUGCUUGUUCAUCUUGCUAAUUCGAGGCAUUACGCUGGAUGGUGCUUGGGACGGCAUAAUGUACUACAUCACCCCUAACACAUCAAAACUGUACGACGCUCUGGUCUGGAAGGAUGCGGCCACGCAGAUUUUCUUCUCUUACGGACUUGGACUUGGCGCCUGGAUCGCACUGGGCAGUUACAAUCGUUUUCACAAUAAUGUCCACCGAGAUGCGCUGAUUAUUUCGUGCGUCAACAGCGGCACUUCAAUGUUUGCUGGAUUUGUCGUCUUCAGCAUCGUUGGCUUCAUGGCGAAAGCGCAAAAUAAAGCCAUUGAAGAUGUGGCCGUUUCUGGCUCCGGACUGGCAUUUCUGGCUUAUCCAAGCGCAACUCUCAAGUUGCCUUUCUCCCCACUCUGGGCAAUGCUCUUCUUCCUAAUGAUCAUCAUGCUAGGCUUGGAUAGUCAGUUUUGCACAAUGGAAGGGUUCUUCACUGCAAUCAUCGAUGAGUGGCCACGUGUUCUCAGACCCUACAAGGAGCUGUUUAUUCUGGGAAUAUGCACGCUGUCCUACUUUAUUGGAUUCUUCUUCGUGGUGCAGGGCGGAAUGUACUGGUUUCAAAUAUUUGACAGUUAUGCGGCAUCAGGUUUUGCUUUGCUCUACCUGAUAUUUUUUGAAGUGGUGGCCAUCUCAUGGUCUUAUGGUGUAAAUCGCUACUAUACUAACAUGAACACCAUGCUGAAGUACGAACUGUGCAUUUGGUGGAAACUGUGCUGGUUCAUCUUUACUCCGGCACUGUGCUUUUUUGUAUUCUUAUUUAGCUUAUACCAGCACAAGCCAAUAGACUACGUUGGUUAUGUGUUUCCCUGGUGGGGUGAAGGUGUCGGCUGGUUCUUGGCCAUAUCUUCAAUGAUUUGCGUUCCUGCUUAUGCCAUCUACAUGUACCUUGUCACACCUGGCACGUUCAGUGAAAGAAUGAAAAUCAUGUUCCGGCCGGACAUUCCAGAGAUUGAAGAGGAGAUUCGCCAACGAUCAUUAAAAGACAUGGCGACGACCUCUGUGACUCAAGUUUAG